GCCUCUGCACCCCUCCUUCCUUUCUGAUUACAUUUUGUGUUUUUACUUUCAGCUUGGUGGUGAUGUCUGCUGUGAAUUGCUGCAGAUUUGGCAUUUCCCUCUGUAGUGUCCUCCUCUGCAGCUUGUUGAGUUUAAAACCAAGUGAUCUCAGUGGUUGAACCCUGUUGCUUCUGACCAUUCUGCCACACUUCAUCCGUCCUUAAAUUUGUCACCGGUGUAAUUAGCCAUGGUCAAGUCUAAAAAAAAGAAAAACCAACAGAAGAAGGGGGAUUGCUGGGAUUACAGCUGGGGACCUGGAGGAAAUAUGCCCCCAUGGAUGGGAGGUCCUUGCCCAGAUGCCAUGUGGGGACCUGGAGGAAAUAGGCCCCCAUGGAUGGGAGGUCCUUGCCCAGAUGACAUGUGGGGACCUGGAGGAAAUAGGCCCCCAUGGAUGGGAGGUCCUUGCCCAGGUGACAACUGGGGACCUGGAGGAAAUAUUGCCCCGUGUAUGGGAGGCCGUUGCCCAGAUGACAUGUGGGGACCUGGAGGAGAUAUGCCCCCAUGGAUGGGAGGUUCUUGCCCAGAUGACACAUGGAGACCCGGAGGAGAUAUGAGCCCAUGGAUGAGAGAUCCUUGUCCUGAUGACAUGUUGAAACCCGGAGGAGAUACCGGUAUGAGCCCAUGGACGAGAGAUCCUUGUCCAGAUGACACAUGGCAACCUAGAAAGAGGAAACACGGAAAAUAUAUGCAGCCAAAUAUGAGAGACCCCUGUCCUAAUAUGGGUGAGCCUAGCGAGCCCAUGUCUUCAGGACCUAAUGCACCUGACCAAAUGCAGUGUAGGACUUUUGGCGGGCCAGGAAAGAAGCAGCAGCCGAUGGACCAAUGUGGCACUAACAGUCGGGAGAAUGGUCCAUUGCCGCCUGGUAAUUGUAGCUCAGAUCAGACGGCUGCAGGAAAUGCUUCAGAUACUCAAAGGCAUUACACAGAAGAGGGUGCUGCAAGAAUUCUAUCAAACUUUGGCUUAUCUACUAAAGAUUUGGAGGAAUUUGGCCACUAUUCAGAUGAGCAGCUGAAGCCUGAAAACAUGGCUAUGAUUUUGAGGGAUAUUGUGGAGCGCAAGAAGGCUCGUCAGUUGCCCACUUCAUCUCAGGGCAAAGAAGAGGAAACCUCUGGCGGACAUGGUGGAUCUGAUUCCCUGAUGAAAACAGGACCUCUGGUACCUUCAGCAGCUCAACCCGCAACAACACCUGCGGCUUCGGUUUUGCCUCAGUCUUCAGUAUCUCCAUCUCUGUCAAUGAUGAAUGAUUAUCAUGCUGUGUCGCCAACUGUACUUCCACACCUGUGUACUCUGUGUCAAAUAGAAUGUGCAAAUAUGACGGGCUGGAAUCUGCACGUGGGCACUACUGCACACUCUGAGAAAUGUGAUCAGCUACGCCAGCAGCCUCCUGACUGGAUUGCAGAAGACUGCUCUUUGUUACAGAGACAUGAAGUUGAAAAGCAGGAAAAACAUAUUGCAAUGUCAGCAGUCCCUGGCCAUACUCGGUCACGAUCUAGGAAACGCAAACGCAAACGUAAGUCCAGGGCUUCAAAGCGACCGUGCUCCCCCUGCUGGAGUUCUGAAAUGCCUUCUAGGGAGAAGAGACAACUGGGAAGAUCAACUACAUCUCCAGCGUCGUCUGCAGAAGCUGGAAGCUCCUGGCAACCUCCAGCCAAAUCUGAUGUUGCAGAACAACCACCGAACAAGUCAGAGCAUCCACUGCAGACAAUUCCUGGCCAUCAGGAGCUGCCCAAGAAGGAGGCAGCAACACAGGAACAAGGAGACCGGCAACCUCCAGCCAAAUCUGAUGUGGCAGAAGAACCACCCAACAAGUCGGAUGCCCAGAAGCUGAGGACAUUGCCAACUCCGUCGAUGAUGAAUGACUACUAUGCUGCAUCUCCGAGAAUAUUUCCACAUGUGUGUUCUCUGUGUAAUAUGAAAUGUAGACAUUUGAAGGAGUGGAAUCUGCACGUGAGCACUACUGCACACUCUGAGAAAUGUGAUCAGCUACGCCAGCAACAUGAAGGUGACAAGAAGGAAAAACAUAUUCCAAUGCCAUGCUCUACCACUUCUAACCCGAACGCUUCACAACACUCAGUCCCUGGCCAUGCCUUGAGUCAGACUUGGUCACAAUCUGAGAAACCCAGAUGUAGGUCCAGGGCUUCAAAGCGACCGUGCUCCCCCAGCUUGAGUUCUCAAAUGCCUUCUAGCCAGAAGAGAAAACUGGGAACAUCAACUACAUCUCCAGCCUCCUCUGCAGAAGCAGGAAGUUCAGAGCAUCCACUGCAGACCAAUCCUGGCCAUCAGGAGCUGGCCACGAUGGAGGCAGCAACGCAGGAACAAGGUGACCGGCAACGUGAAGAUCUGUUGCGCUUGGCGUUGAGGCCUCUUGCAGAACAAAGUGUCAUGCAGGCACUGUCACUGCUGCAGUCUGGAAGCGCAGUGGGUGCUGGACUCACCCAAGGAACGAGCUUGACACCACUUCCUCCUGUGCAGAUCGAUCCAGCAUCCCUAUCCCUUGUCUCCCUGAUGCAGCUGGUUGCAACACAGGUGGUGCAAACUGUCUUAGCCUCCCAAGAGGUCUCAUGUGUGCAGGGAAGCCCAGGUGUGGCUGGCCCCAGCCCCCAGUUAUGUAUUCCUGCAGGAAGAGAAGAAAAGAAGCAGGAGAGCAGUCAGAGAGUGGUGCCAGGAGUCGCUCCUUCUUGCUCAGCAUGCGUGGAAAGACCGGGGGCCUCAGGUAGUAAAGGGGACUUAACUCCCUCAACCUUGUCCACCGUGCCAUGGCUUCAGAAGAAAGAUGCAAGACCUCCGAAGCAGAAUCUUCCAGCGGAGAUACCUGCAGGAUUGGCCACCAAGAAGGUAUGGAUUUGCGGGCACAGCAUUGUGUAUUGGGCCGAAGUCCGUGCCGUUUCGUCCAACUGGGGCAGCAACCUGGGCUUCCCCUCGAAUAUAGACGUGUCGUGGAUCGGCCAGAGGGGAAUGAGGUGGCAUCAGCUCCUACCAUUGCUGACGGCUCGAAUCUCCACGGUUGGCCCACCUGAUAUCAUCAUCUUUCAGCUGGGUGAGAACGACCUGGGCGAACAAAAGGACAACGACCUGAUCAUGGCUAUCACUGAAGACUUGAAGACCUUGCACUUUCUAUACCCGCAUACCAGCCUCUGUUGGUCCGAGCUACUAGACAGGCAGUACUGGCCUAUUAUUCAGAAGCAUGGCAUCCCAGACCCGACCCCGGCAGCCGUGAACAGAGCAAGGAGCAGAACAAGGAAGAAAGUGAACCGAGACAUAACGUACAAUGUGCAGCUGCUGGGUGGCUGGGUGAUCCGGCACCCUGACAUCACAUUCCAACGAGAGGCCUUAUUCCGACAGGAUGGCAUAGACCUCUCCGAUGAGGGUCUUGAUAUUUGGUUGGCUGACCUGGUGGGAGGCUUAAAGUAUUGUUUUCAGAUGUGAGCAGUUUGGCAGCGAGCAUUUGAUCGAGGGCUGGUUGAGGCAUUGGAUAGGCAUAGUCAACGAUGGAGAGGAGGCUGUAGCCUCUGCCUGCCCGCCGCUAAAAAGGAUCCUGGAGAAAUGCUUCUCCCCGGACACCCAGCUGGGGGCUAGGGCCACAGCACUCCCCAGGUACAAUCCAGCAAGGGACUUACUUUUUGAUGCAGGUCAAGAACUCGCUCACUUCCUGUCGACCCCAGUCUUUCCAUAAGUAGUCAAUAAAGUUGUGACCUGAUUUGACCCAAAUACUAGUUGCCUUGUCUUUUUAUUCAUUUAAUUUGGGGUGGGGUAGUCCAUAGGACAGGGGGAUGCAUGGGCACACAAGUCCACUCCCUGUCCUUGGUUGGUACCAUUGAGUGCCGGCACUUCACCAUGAAUGAUCCGAUUAAAGAGACCCCUUGGGUCACUUUGUGGGUAGCAAAGGAGGUCCUUGGGCUGAGCUUGCUGCCCGGGAAGUGGAUCCUGGCCGCUUGCUCAAGCUAGGGGGCAGACUCAGUCCGAUCCCUGGGCAUAUAACCAAGGCCCCUGGCUUGGCUUAGCAGUCACCUCCUUGUUAUUCUAGGAUGCUUUUCAGAGGGGGGAUUUCUGGAAAGGUAGGGAGGCAUGGCGUUUGCUGCAGGAUGAGUUGGAAGUUAGGGCUCACUCCCACUGAUUAAUUCUCCCGGGGGUCUGAGAAUUUCUCUCCGUGCUUUGCAAAAGCUCAAUCUUAUGUGCCGAAUUGGAUCUUAACAGAUUGUGUGGAAAAUCCGAAGGUUUUCCAUAACCCAAGCUUCAGUGCAGAGACGAGGAGGGGAAGGUACCAACUCCAGCAAGCCUGGCACCUCUUCAGGAGCAGCAGGGAAUUUAUGCAGUGAAGGAGAGUUCAGUGUUUUGGUUUUGAGAUCCUUAGGAGGAUAAGGGCCUGCAGCGUAACCAGGAAUUUGAAGGCUGAAAAACAGUUAGAAAAACAAGUUUUUCUGCUGCAUCCCCUCUCUCAAAUUGGGAGGCGCUCUAUCCUGUCUUCUGCCUUGGCACCAGGACACGAUGCAAGAUCUGAUGUGCUAUUAC